CACCACCGCAGGCACAGCACCCCAGCCCCAAUAAAUGCCCCUGCCCCACUCUCCUGGCUUCCUCUCCAGUGACAGUAGCAGGUACGUGCUGGGUGGUGGUGCGCCGCGGCUGGGUGGGGCGACCGUGCUGGUGUCAGGCCUCCGCGGGAUGGGAGCACAGGUGGCGGCGACGCUGGUGCUGGUGGGGACCGGGCGUGUCGUCCUGCACGAUCGUGGCGUCGUCUGCACCGCCGAAUGCGCCCAGCAGUUCCUCCUGGGGGAGAGUAAUGUAGGCCAGAACCAUGCCAAGGCAUCCCAGCAGGUCCUGGCUGAGCUGAACCCCCACGUGGCAGUUGUGGCCCACACCGGGGAGCUGUCGGAGGCCUUCCUCGCCUCCUUCCAGGUGGUGGUGCUGACCGAGUCCUCACUGGAGGAGCAGCUCCGCGUCGGGGACUUCUGCCAUGCCCAGGGCAUCUGCUUCAUUGUGGCCAACACCAAGGGGCUGGCAGGACAGAUGUUCUGUGACUUUGGGGAGCACUUCAUCACUGACGACCCAGCAGAAGGGGACCCAGUGUGCGCUGUCGUGCAGCACAUCUCCCAGGGCAACCCGGGUGUGGUGACAUGCAUAGGGGCAGAGGGCAGCCGCAGCCACCUCUUCUGCGAUGGUGACCUGGUGACAUUAUCUGGUGCGGAGGGGAUGACGGAGCUGAACGCGCCUGUCCCUGUGCAUGUGCUGGAUGCUUUCAGGCUGGAGAUUGGCGACACCAGCUCCUUCUCACCUUACUGCCAUGGGGGCCCAGUCUCGCAGGUUCAGCUGCCCCAGGUGCACUCCUACGAGCCUCUGCACCAGGCACUGGAAGACCCCCAAAUCCAGGUGGCAAGUCCUGAGGAGCUGCCACGUAGCCGCAGCCUGCAUGCUGCCUUCCAGGCCCUGCAUGCUUUCUGUGGGGAGCGGGGAUGCCUGCCCCAGCCCAGGGCACCAGCAGACACCAAGUGGAUGCUGGAGCUGGCAUGGAGCCUGGGGGCACAGUGGGGUCCCCUGGACGAGGAUGUUGUGCGAGCCUUCGCCAGCGUGAGCGCGGGGGACCUAUGCCCCAUGGCCGCCAUCGUCGGGGCCCUGGCAGCCCAGGAGGUGCUGAAGGCCGUCACCAGGAAGUUCGUCCCCCUGGACCAGCGGUUGUACUUUGAUGCCCUGGAGUGCCUCGUGCCAGAGGGGGCUGCGCAGCUGAUGGAGGAGGACUGUGCCCCAAGGGGCUCUCGCUACAAUGGCCAGAUUGCUGUCUUUGGGGCUGCCUUCCAGGAGAAGCUGGGCUGCCAGAAGUACUUGGUGGUUGGAGCAGGUGCCAUUGGCUGUAAGCUGCUGAAAAACUUUGCCAUGAUGGGGCUGGCAGCGGGGCCGGGUGGGGACCUCAUCGUCACUGAUAUGGACACCAUCGCCCUCUCCAAUCUCCAUCGGCAGUUCCUCUACCGCUUGGCAGAUAUAUCGAAGCCAAAGUCAGUGGUGGCUGCAGCAGCUGUGCAGCGCAUGAACCCCAGCAUCAGGGUGACAGCUCACCAGAACCAGGUGAGACCUGCCACUGAGCCAUUCUAUGGGAACAACUUCUUCCGGCGCCUGGAUGGCAUCGCCAGUGCCCUGGACACACUGGAGGCCCGCACCUACUUGGAGAGCCGCUGCCUCCGGUCCCUCACACCACUGCUGGACUUGGGCAUGGAGGGGCUGCGGGGGAAUGUGCUGACAAUGGUGCCCCACCUGACUAACCCACUGGAGCCAGCCGGCUCCCCUGGGGAUGGCACUGGCACCUUCCCUCUCUGCACCCUGUGGUACUUCCCCCACACUGUCCAGCACAUGCUGCAGUGGGCCUGUGGUGAGUUUGAGGGGCUCUUCCAGCUACCUGAAGAGUGUGUCAACUGGUUCAUGGAAGACCCGGCUUUCCUGGAGCAGCUGCCAGUGGGGAAGGCCCUGGAGGUCCUAGAGCAAGUGCGGGGCACCCUGUGGGAGCGGCCACAGGACUGGCGGGACUGCGUGCGCUGGGCCCGCCAGCACUGGCAGAGCUGCUACCAUGAUGCCAUCGUCCAGCUGCUGUACACCUUUCCCCCGGAGCAUGAAACAAGCCCCGGUGUCCUCUUCUGGGCAGCAGACAGGAGCUGUCCCCAUCCACUGACAUUUGACCCUGACGGGGACUGCCCAGGCGCUCUCACCCCACAGGACACCCACCUGGAGUACAUGCUGGCUGCUGCCCACCUCUUUGCCCAAACACACAAGGUGCCACCGUGCAGUGACCGGGCAGCUGCGCAGACCAUCCUCCGCAGCAUAGUCCUGCUGCCCUUCGUGCCCCAGGAGGGGAUCCAGAUCCUCCUCGCCGAGGAGCAGGAGGAAGUGCAGGUGCCUGCAGACCACAGGCGGCUGGCAGAGCUCACCCAGGACCUGGUGGAGCGGAGACAGGAGCUGGUAGGGGGUAAGGAGGUGCAAAUGCCCCUGAUGGAGCCCAUCCACUUUGAGAAGGCCAACAACAUCGACAUGGACUUCAUCACGGCAGUAUCCAACCUGCAUGCAGAGAACUACAGCAUCCCCCCUGCCAACUGGCUGAUGAGCAAGCGGAUUGCCAGGCGGAUCAUGCCUGCCAUCAUCACCACCACGGCAGCUGUGGCUGGGCUGGCAUGCCUGGAGGUCUACAAGCUGGUAUGGGGGUGCCAGGACCCCAGCUGCUACCGCAACAGCAACCUCUGCCUGUCCGACUGCCUGCUGCUCUGCAUCCAGCCCCUGCCACUCCCCACCUACUGGUACAGUGGGCAGGAGUGGAGCUGCUGGGACUGGCUGGAGAUGCAGGCAGUCGGCGCAGAUGGGCAGGAGAUGACAGUGCAGGAGGUGCUGGACUGGAUGCAGAGGACACAGUGCUGGACUGUGACCAUGCCUCUGAGUGGCCACACCAUGCUCUAUGACAGCGAGGAGGAUGAAGAGACACGGACCCAACAGCAGGUGCAGAGGUUAUUGGAGAACCUGAAGGAUACUGGGGAACCACAGCAGCGGGAGCUGGAGCUGACCUAUGUAUGCGAGGGGGAGGAUGCUGAGGCCAAAGAUGCCUGUCCCACUCUCCUCUGCUCCUUACCCUAAGUGGGGGGUUGGUAAUAAAAGCUGCAGGAUGAGCUUGGAA